AUGGGGGGGAUGGGUAUCCCGGGUGCCGGAAAGACUGUUUUAGCAUCUCACGUUAUUGACGAUCUCCUAAAGCUCGAGGACGACGACACAUGCAUUCUUUUUGUCUAUUGUCGAUACACAGAGGCCCUCACCGUCAGCGAUAUCCUCAAGGCACUGGUGAAGGAAUGUUUGAAACGACAUCCGGGCGCGGCGGAGGAUAUCCUACCCCUCUACAAGCGUUUCAAGUGUGUCUUCUACAUCAUCGAUGGCGUCGACGAGGCCCUGGUGGACGUUCGUUUUGAUCUCAUCAAGGUCAUGAACGAACUUCACGGUAACAUCAUCCUCACCUCUCGCCCCCUUGACGACUUGGGAAGGAAGCUGAAGCAUUCUGUCUUAUUUACCAUCGAGGCCCAGGAAGAAGAUGUGCGCCUCCUCGUUGACGACAGGCUCGAAAGGAAUGACGGACUCUCCGAGCUGUUGGCAGACAACAAUGAAAAGGAGGCGGUCGUCCGAAAGAUCACCACCAAGGCGGGAGGGAUGAUUCUUCACGCGGUCUUGCAAGUGGAAGCGCUGCGGGAGUGCACGAGCAUUGCAACGCUCUAUGACCGUCUCGCUCAGUUCCCUUCGGGGAUGGAGGGCAUGUACGCAGCCACGAUCGAACGAGUGGAAGCCCAGCCUGCAGAAAUCCGAGAUUUGGCAAUGCGAACUCUUCUCUGGAUUGUUUUCGCAGAGAGACCUCUAUCUUUCGAAGAAAUCCAAUGGGCUUUAGCCGUCCACCCAGAAACCUACAAGUACGACGAACGAAGGGUGCCUCAUCAGAAAUCAAUCCUCUCAUCCUGCUGUGGCCUAGUCGAGCUUCACCCCGAGACCAACGUCUUGCGCCUUGUUCAUUUUACCGCUAAAGAUGCGCUGCCGUCGUUUAUACUCCAGCGCAUUCCUCAACCCCACGCAGUCAUCGCGAGAACCUUGAUCGAGCGCUUCGUGUCCUGCAACUGGGGAGCCCAGUCGACCGUAACAGAUGAAGACUAUGGCUAUCGACCCUCCCAACACACUCUUCUCACCUAUGGCAUCGAAUACUGGGGAACCCAUACCCGGGAAAGCAUCGCAGACGAAGGGCUCUUCCGUACCACCGUCGACUUCCUACGCAGUUGCAAUUCAUUCCCCAUGCUCCUAUUCCGUGGCGUGGAAUUUCUUGGACCAUUGCACCUCGUUUCGCUCUUCGAUCUACCGAUCAACAUCCUGGAUUCACUUUGUUCCUUCUGCGAUAUCAACUCUCCAACCUCGGUGCGCAAACUCACACCGUUAGCCUUCGCAGUCACCCGCAACCGUCUCGACGUCGUGAAACGACUCCUCCAUUUGGAUGGCACACUAGUCAACGCCAAGGAUCGCGACGGAAGGACGCCAGUCCAUAUUGCGGCUGAAGGUGACAACGAGCCCAUGUUCUCGCUCCUCCUCGAAUGCCCAGGGGUCGAUGCACUGCUUGCGGCCAAGGAUGGUUACGCUAACCGAAGCACUGUGGACCCAUGGCUGGACAACAUUAUUAUCAAGACAUUACUGCAGCAUCUGGGAGUUGACUUGGAGGCCAAGGACGACACUGGUGUGCCUGCUUCGUUCUACUUGAAGGAAAUGGGCCUGCUUCAAGAUGCAGGAAAUGAUUAG